CGAUUUGUCUUUUGACAGGUGCUUUGGCGCAAUAUGUUAGCUGCUUAGAAUUGGUGAACAAAAGACUGCCUUGUGGCCUUGCUCAAAUUGGAGUGUGCUUUCACUCUAUUCCUGAAAGCGAGCAACACGACGAAAACCUUAGCAGAAUAGGCGAAAGGACCACGUCUUUGCUUGCAUGGUUUAGCUCUCCCAGAACUGCGGGACAGUGGCUCGAUUACUGGUUACGCCAGAGACUCCAAUGGUGGAGAAAGUUUGCAGUAGGCCCGUCUAACUUCAGCAGCAGUGACUUUCAGGAUGAAGAAGGAAGAAGAGGAUUUAAUUUACAUUACAGCUUUCCUUGGGGGACAGAAACAAUAGAAACGUUGAAGAACCUUGGUGAUACUGAACUGUUACAGAUGUAUCCAGGGGAUAAUUCGAAAUUACUUGGCCGAGAUGGAAGGAAGAAUGUUAUUCCUCAUGUUCUGUCUGUGAGUGGAAAUCUGGACCGAGGAGCGUUAGCGUAUCUCUUUGAUUCUCUACAGCUAGCUGAGAAUCCAUUAACAAAAAAGAAAAAUUCACAGAGAAAGGUACUUAAGCUUCAUCCUUGUUUAGCACCUCUUAAAGUGGCCUUGGACGUAGGAAAAGGUCCAACAACAGAGCUGAGACAGGUUUGUCAAGGAUUGUUCAAUGAACUGUCAGAAAAUAGAAUUUCUGUAUGGCCGGGUUAUCUUGAAACCGUGCAGGUAUCUCUGGAACAGCUUUAUGCAAAGUACGAUGAGAUGAGCGUUCUCUUCACGGUCUUGAUAACUGAUGCCACUCUAGAGAAUGGAGUGGUCCAGCUGAGAAGCAGAGACACCACCAUGAAGGAAAUGAUGCACAUUUCUAGGCUGAAGGACUUUUUUACUAAGUAUGUAACAUCAGCCAAAAAUGUGUAAACUUCAGUUUGUUGAAUAAAAGGCAUUUCUUAAACA